AUGGGCGGGUCAUGGCUUCUAGUGGGGCUGGAGUCAGAGAUGGACGAGGGACUGAGAUGGGAAGGGGACAUACGUGUAGAAAUUGGCCUCAUGACUACGGCGUGUAUAGCCAAAAGCUGGACAACUACUGAAUCAGUACGCGUCAUUGAUAUGCACGAAACCAAGUACUCACCAGCUCCCAAACGGAACCAAGACGCAAUGACACUCAGCCCUUUCUUCAGCUACCGCCGAAUCUCGCAGAGUUUCUGGACAGGCGCCUCGCACUAUUCUUCGAAUCCAGAGGGUGUUGCAACUGUUAUUCCCCAUUUUCGGCGGGUUUUGACGGGAGUUUUUCUACUGCGUAGUUCAAUAGGGUUGUUGACGGGCUUUGAGAGAAAGUUCUUCGACUGUUUUGCCAGGCUCCAAAAUGCAGCCACUCGUAUCGCUCGAUGA